ACCUGUCUCUCUCAUUUCAUUCGCCAAAUGUUCUCCUUCGCGACCCGUGCUGUGACUGCCUCUGCCGGCCGCCUUGCAGGCGCUGCCUCGGCCACUGCCACUCUCUCUGCUCUUGCCCGUGCAAAGUCUACCUACGUCCUCCCGGACCUCCCCUACGAGUACUCGGCCCUCGAGCCCGUCCUCUCUGGCGAAAUCAUGGAGCUGCACCACUCCAAGCACCACCAGACGUACGUGAACAACCUCAACGCGGCGUCGGAGGCGCUCGACUCGGCCAUUGCCAACAACGAUGUGUCCAAGCAGAUCUCGCUCCAGUCGGCCAUCAAGUUCAACGGCGGUGGCCAUCUCAACCACUCGCUGUUCUGGACCAACCUCGCGCCGACGUCCGAGGGCGGUGGCGCCCCGCCCGAGGGUGCCCUUGCUGAGGCCAUCGACGCCCAGUUUGGCUCGCUCGACGCCUUUAUCACAAAGUUCAACGCCACCACCGCUGCCGUCCAGGGCUCGGGCUGGGGCUGGCUCGGCUACAACAAGGAGACCAAGCAGCUGCAGAUCGCCCAGUGCGCCAACCAGGACCCGCUCGAGGCCACCACCGGCCUCGUCCCUCUCCUCGCCGUCGACGUCUGGGAGCAUGCUUACUACCUCUCCUACAAGAACGACCGCGCUGCUUACCUCAAGAACAUCUGGAAGAUCAUUGACUGGCACAACGUCUCGGAGCGCUUUGCCCUCGCCAAGCGUGCCUGAUCCGCUCAUGCCACGCCCGCCUUACCCGCGCCCGCGCUGCCGAUCCCACCCCGGUCGUACCCCCUCUGGCCCGCCGCGGGCUAGUAGCCCCCAUCACGUGCGAUAAAGGCUUUUACCCCUCCUA